AUGGCGACUUCAGGGGACCUGACAAUGGAGGUUCUCCAGGCUCUGUCCAAGACAUCCCCGAUCCAGUCCCAGGAGGCUUUCCCCCAGUCGUCCUUCGGCGAGCUCAAGGCAGCCCUCGACCGUCUCGCCUCGAGAUCUAUGGUCACAUACGAACAGAUUGAGAAGGAUGAUGCUGUACUUGAGCCAGAGGCAGAGCAGAUCGUCGCCAAUGGCAGUCACGAGGCCCGGGUGUUUGAGGCCCUGCGCCAGGCCGUGGAGGGGCUCAGCGUGCAGGACCUAGAAAAGACGAUUGGUGACAAAAAUGUGACCAAGGUCGGCCAGGGCAAGGCCUUCAAGGAGAAGUGGAUAUCCAAGACGAGCGAUGGCAAGCUUAAGGCUUCUGUGGACUCUAUUCAGGAUGUCACUCGGGAACAGCUGCAGACGAUCAAGGACACGCGUGCCCACCCCAACGCCAAGGUCGUCACCGACCUCAAGAAGCGUAAGCUCGUCAGGCUACAGAAGGUCAUCCAUUUUAAAAUACAAAAGGGCGACAAGUUCGCACUCGAGAUAACGAAGGAGGAGACGGACCUGACGGCCGACAUGCUGCAGUCCGGAGCGUGGAAGUCAGCAACCUUCAAGCCCUACAAUUUCAAAGCCCUGGGCGCAGACCAGCACGCAGGAGCACUCCACCCCCUCAACAAGGUGCGGUCCGAGUUCCGUCAGAUUUUCUUCGAGAUGGGUUUCGAGGAGAUGCCUACCAACAAGUUCGUCGAGUCGGGCUUCUGGAACUUCGACGCCCUCUUCGUCCCACAACAACAUCCCGCCCGUGACCUGCAAGAUACCUUCUACAUCUCAGACCCAAAGCGCGCCGACCCGCCGAGGGCCACGUCGCCGGAUGACAAGGCCGACUAUAAGACGUAUUGGGAGAACGUCAGGGCGGUGCACGAGAACGGCAAGUUUGGCUCGAUUGGUUACAGAUACCCUUGGUCGGAGGAGGAGUCGUUGAGGCUGGUGCUGCGCACACACACGACGGCCAUCUCGACGGCCAUGCUGCACAAGCUGGCGCAGCAGAAGGGCCCUGACGGCCGGCCACCACCCGCCCGGUACUUCUCAAUUGACAGAGUGUUCCGCAAUGAGACGGUGGACGCAACACAUCUUGCCGAGUUUCACCAGGUUGAGGGUGUGAUUGCGGACUAUGGCCUGACGCUGGGUGGGCUGAUGGAGUUCAUGGAGAUCUUCUUCAACAAGAUGGGCAUCACAGAUCUCAAGUUCAAGCCCGCCUACAACCCGUACACUGAGCCGAGUAUGGAGAUCUUCAGCUACCACAAGGGCCUGAAUAAGCUGGUCGAGAUUGGCAACAGCGGCAUGUUCCGACCCGAGAUGCUGGAGGCCAUGGGCCUGCCCAAGGACCUAAGGGUCUACGGUUGGGGCCUGAGUCUGGAGAGACCGACCAUGAUCAAGUACGGCAUCUCUAAUAUCCGUGAGCUGUUGGGCCACAAGGUGGACCUCAACUUCAUCGAGCGGAAUCCUGCUGUUCGUCUAGAUAAAAAUUAG